AUGGCGGAUGUGAAGAUGGAGGUCGCGAAGUCGGAGGAAAGCGACACGACCUUUCCUCACGAGACAGUGACCGACGAGAAUUUCCGCGAUGUUGUUCUGGACAUUUUCGAGAAGGAGGUGAACAGGUUCAAGAACUGUUGGGCGUAUCUCGACCAUUUUCACAAAGACCGGUCUGCGUUUGCUGAUCAGCUUCGUGCCCUCUUCCCACAGAAGCCCGAGGUAGAGUACCUCUUGUCCUAUGUGAUUCCGUCGACUGGCAACUUCAGCGUAUCUCUUUGGCACUUGAACUGGGGCCCGGAUUGCUCCACAAAGCCGGUGCCUGACCGUGUCACCGUGAGAUCAUUGCUGGAUGAGUACUUGACAAGUGGACCGGUGCCUGACCGUGUCACCGUGAGAUCAUUGCUGGAUGAGUACUUGACAAGUGGAGUGGCGACCCGAGCAGAGCCCCUGAUGGUCUACCAGGCACAGGACCCUGGGAGGAACGAUUUCAUUCUUCAUUUUGCCAAAGGAGCCGCAAGGUCAGCAGCAUGCCUUGUGCUGGCCAGCCUUGUCAUGCGGUACGGCUUCCAUUUGAAGACCUUCGUGCAGGAGAGCAUGUGUGAGAUUCAUGUCACACAGGCAGACUGUGGCUGUGACAUUGCCUCAGUGGCCCUGUUCAACGCAAAGAUGAGUGCACGCGGGGACAUUCGCAAGGCUCACUGCUCCUUGGACAGCUGGUUACCCUUUGAGCGAGGUUGCUUGACAUGGCUGGCCAAAAUGAUGGUGCUGAAGAAGCACAAUCAUGAUGCAACCAGUAUCAUUAAGGAGUGGAACCGCACGUGCACGAAGGAUGGGCAGAUCAAAGGGGCCAAGCACACGGCCCUGUUGUCCCUGUUGAAUCUGCCACAGUUUUGCGUCGAUGCGCUGCUCGAACACUUGAACGAGUUCGGGUCUCAAGGAGCAUUCAACGACAACCAAUGGAGCAACAAGAAGGUGUUGCCAGGUGGUGGGCCGAAGGGCUACCCCAGAGAAUGGAACAGUCGGCUCCAGGUGACGGACGAAGGCUUCUGCCUCAUGAUCAAGUACCUGGACAAUCGACACCGGAUGAAGCUUGCAGGCUCACGAUGCAAGUUCAGCGGGUCGGAUGUGGAGGAGGCCGCUUUGGUAUGCCAGCUCUUGCACUCCCUUGUUCAUGAGCUGGAGGACUCAGUGCCCCUGCAGGUCAAGGAAGACGUAUGCACACUCCUGGUGCAGGGAGACAUGAACUUGCUUCUGCAGCUCCAAGGAGCCCUUUCAGAGAAGAGAAGCAACCUUGCUCCUGCAGACAUUCUGGUGCUCAGGGAAUACAUCCAAAAGCAUGUCGCAGACGGGGAGAAGAAGCUUCGCAACCUUGGUGCGGUUUCGAACAGCAUCAAUCCGGGACAGCUGGAGCGGCAGGAGUUCGAUCUUGCCAUUGCUUCCAUGCGACACGACAUGGACGUGUAUGGUGCUUGGCUUGUUCGGAGCCGCGAUCGCGAAGCCGGGGUUUAUCAUCAGAAUCUUCAGUGGAGGCUUGGCAGGCAGAAUCGAGCCAAGGAGAUGGCUGAAGGCAUCAUGCGGCGAAGCUCGGAAACUUGGAGGAUGGAGUUUGCUGUUUUGGAGUCAGCAGCCCAGGGCCUCAAGACCAUCCAAGAGGCCAUGAAGUACAUCUGCAGGCUAAACCAGAUUUCGGCGGAGAACUUGAAGUGCAUCGUCAUCCUGAAUUGGUGUGCACCCUCUUUGUUUUCGUCCCAAGUUCAGCGAGAUCAAGCAUCUUUGAUGGGGGCCAUCUUGAAUGGGCAGAAUGCCGUGGCUGGAGGCGUGUGCCUGACACCUACGUUUACAUACAACAAGGGUCAGCUUCACAAGACAGAGCAGGAGGCUUUGAGGCUCCUUGCGGAGUCCAACCUCAAUCUCGACCACGUUGCUGUGGUGCCCUACAAAGGGCGCAACGACGACCGAGAGAAGAGGCCACUGCUCAUGCUCACCCGCAUUUUGAUGCCGAUGGACGAAGUGGCUGCUGAACGGGCUCAGGAGAACUGGCGACUGUCCGCCAUUUUCAGAAAACCCCUAUUGGAAGAGGCGGACCUUCCCCAGACCCGGGACCUUCUGGCGAUAGAGGAUCUGGAUCCUGCGGCAUUGCCAACAACCACCGAUGCCCAUGUCCAUGUGCCCCAGCCAGAGAAGGCAAUGCAGAUCGGAGAGUCAGCAGCGAGGUCGAUCCUCCGAGGCUUCUUGGCCCAGGACUCCACAGUUGGAGCCACUGCGGGUACGAGAAGUGCGUUUCUGUGCAUUGACUUGAGCCCGCACACCUGUGACUUCAGCAGAGCCGCCCUGGCUGAGACCAAGUUGCCCGUGUACUACCUGGGCUUGACAAGGAGCGAGGGAGAGCUCGAGUGGUCAAAAUCCUUCGUGAGGGACUGGCUGGCAGACAGCUUUUUGGACGGGAGCCUCCAGCUGCCACCGACAAUGAGCCUUCCCCCGAUUGAGAUGCCCACCGAGUUGCAGCAAGCCGCACCCCCGCUACCAAAUCUGCAGACUCUGCUGCUCAACAAGGUGCAAAAGUACGAAGGCCUUCCGAGCCUCAAGACGCCCGACCGGGUGCUCGCGGCAUGGGGCGAUCACGCGAGAUUCAAAACAGAAUUCGAAGAAUUCUUGCAAAAAUCGAGGGAGGAGCUUCCUCUUGACUUGACACCGGAGAAGGCAGACAAGAGCAGUGGCGCUGGCAGUGGCUCGGGCAGUGGCUCCGGCAGUGGCUUGAAGAGGGAAGCUGAUGGCACACAAGGCCGAGUUGCCAAGAAGCAGAAGGUGGAGACCCUUGUGAAUCCAGAGGUCGUGGCCAAGCGAUCAAUUCCCUUGAAAGAUCUUCCGAAGCCACUUACAUGGGAAGCAGACUUGCAUCUGCCAAAGUCUGCCAAGGCAAAGGUUUCAGUGAUUAUCACUUUGGGGGAGAGGAUCUUCUUGGUCAAUCACAGCCAGGACAAGGACGUGGUGUUGGAGAAGAACACCUGCGUGGCCGGAUUCUACAAGGGGAAGUGGUGGCAGCACAAGGGCAGCAAAGACCAGGCUUCUGUCAAAGAGAGUGACAUCUUGUUCACAUUGAAGGAUGCCGACAGCUUGAUCCAGAUCGGAAGCAAAGUGCACACCCUGGGCGAAGCAGUGCAGGAGAUCGUAGACAAACGAGAGCGGCGCAAAACCCAGCCGGAUGUGACUGUGUCCUACCACAAGAUCUGCGAUUCGCCGACAAGCACAAAGCCAGCCUUCUUCACGAUGUCUCAAACUCACACAAUCUAUUGGGAGAUCCAGGCAAUCCCGGCUGACUGCAUCCAGCAUGAUGGCAAGACAUGUGUCCCGGUCCAUCACAUGGGCGGAGUCAUUCCAUUUUCUCGGUGGGAGACAUGGGCAUCUACUUUGGUGUGGGCCUCUAAGUGGUCGCCGACCUCCGCAAAGGGCCUGGUUCCAUGCCGACCUUUGAUUGUCUUGAAAGAAUCCGUGCCACUCAGCCCUCAAACGGCAAUCGAGCUGACAGCAAGUGAAGGACCAUCAGCCGAGCCCGUGGCGUAA